AAAAUUUCAUUUUAUAAUUCAUAAUAUUAUUUCUUAACUGAAAAUACUAUAUUUCAAAUAUAAUUAAGAUAUAAUAUUGACUAUAACAUGCAAAAUGAAUCCAAAACCAACGAUAAUUUCACUUAGUUAAAAAUUCUAAAUAAAACCUCUUUCCUGAUUGGCCAAUCUUGAAAGACGUUCCUCAUAGGCGGUAGAUUGAAACUUUCGUAUAGGCCUAACUGCUGAGUAAAAAGUAUGUCCACGUACUUUUUGGGUGAUGAUGUGUGGGAGUAUAAUGCCCCGCAGUAUGUUGAUUUUGCAGCUGGCGAAGAUGAUCCCAACGCAGAUGCAUGGUUUGAUCAGCAUGACGAUGGAGGUAAUGGUCCUUUAUCCACAGAAGACAUUGGUGGAUCACCUCCAACUGGAAAUCGGAGAUUAACAAGAUCCAUGUGUGCUACACCUCAGAAUGACAAAAACUUACCUCAGGCUACAGAAAAGAAAAGGACACCUGCCCAGAAAAAAAAAGUAGAGCAACCCACUAGAAUCAUGAUUACCAAAGAUGCAUGUGGUGGAUCCAAAACUUUAGAUAACACAAAGAAAACUGCUCUACCAUCCAAACCAAUACAUUCACAAAUCAAGUCUGAAAACACAACAGAGACAAGGGGAAGGUCAAGGUCACUGAAACGGACCAAUUCUAUGAGAGAAGUCAAAUCCAAAGAAGAGUUACAGAAAAGACGAUCAGCUGAUCCAGCCAAGUCUGGCCCUGUACCCACAGCUAGCAAGGCUCCAGAAAAGACUCUCUCAAAUCCAAAUAUUAACAGGACUAAGUCCAUGGUCAGAAGGAGUGCCGGAGGGCCACAGAGAAGUGUCAAAGGGACCCCUGUCCGUUCCCGAUCAACUGGUGGUGAUGCACGUGCCAGAACAAACUCUACCUCAAGCGUACCUUGCAACAGUACUUCCAAUUCCUCACAGAAUGAAUGUACAGCACCAUCAUCCAAGAUGCCAAAAUUAACUAUACCUACAACUCCAACAUUCAUGAGGAGAAAGCCACUUGGGAAGACUGAUAAAGUGAAAAGCAGUGCACAACAGCAGAUGGAAGAAAUAGCAAAUAUUAAAGCAGAAUUUAACAAAAGGAAGAAACUGGCACAGAAGUCGUAUGAAACUGCCAUGAAGUCAACAGGAUAUGUGCCCAUACAUUCCAAGGUGGAACCUACAAAACCAGAAAAUUUCCACUUUCAGACUGACAGUCGCAUAAAGACCACUCACCACUCUAGCGCUGAUCAGAAAGCUGACUUUGUUAGAAUUCUGCGAUCAAACUCCAGGGGAAGAUCAGCAGGUCAUGCUGAGAGGGUACCCACUAAACCUCAACCUUUCAAGCUCUCCGAGAGCAAAAAACAAAAAGCUGAAACGGACUCGGAUACAUACAAGAGCGUGGCAGAGCAACUGGUUGCUUUCCAUAAACAAACUCCAGACCGGUUUCAUUCUCAAUCCAAAAAACCUGAGAGACCAAGGAUGAUGCCGUCUCGCUCUCCAGUGUCUGGGCUCACUGUGCCAAAAACUCCAAAUUUUGAAUCUACCAGCCGUCGUCGUCCUGUACUGGUUCCAAGUCAGAAAGACCUCGAGGAAAAAGAACUCGAAGAAAUGAAAAAAAAGCAAUUCAAAGCUCAUCCAGUGAACAAAAGGAUUUUAACCAACCCCAAUACUGGCAUUAAGAAGGUGGCCCCGAAACCUGCCACGAAGUUUGAAGAGUUCGACUUGGAAUGUGGGAAGCGGCCCCACAACAGGAGUCUUAAAGCAGACAAAGAUGAAAAAUUUGAAUUUCAUGCCCAGCCUGCACCAAAGAAAAUCCUUGAAGGACCAGUGGGUGUAAAGCCAGCCAGACCUCUUCCCCUGACCCAUCCUCAAUCCCCAGCAUUUGCACUCCGACAGCGUGUGCGGCUUCCUCUGCCAAAAGAGGAGGAGGAGGAGAUAGACAAAAGUUUAUCCAGAAAAAGAGUUGCUCAUCAUGGUGUUCCUUUUCAACCCAAUCUGAGCCACAAGAGCACUGUCCCUCAACCAUUCUCUUUUGAGGACAGGGACAAAUCUCGAAUGGCUCAGAAAAUAACGACCAUCGAUCAUUAUCUUGAAGAGGAAAAAAAGAUGAGAGAAUUCCAUGCCCAUCCUCUACCUGUCGGUGAGGACUUGCUCCCUCCCAAGAAAAAGAAACCAGUGACCAUCCCUGAACCAUUUGAACUGGAGGCUGAUGAAAGAGGAGCAAAAAGACUGCAAGAAUUCAGUCAAAAGGUUGAAGAGGAGAACAAGCACUUGAAGGAACAAGCCAAGUUUAAAGCUCAUCCGGCCAAAGUGAUCCUCCAGGAACCUUUCUGUCCACAGAAGUCAACAAAGCCUCUCACAGAUAUCAGUGGAUUUGAGUUGAAUACGGAGCAGAGAUCACAAAAAAGAGAACAUUUUGAAAUGUAUAAGAAGGCCCGAGAAGCUGAAAUUGAAGCAGCCAAACGCCGAAGAGAACUGCAGAGAGAGGAGGAGGAAAAAGCUGCUGUUGCCAAAAUGAGAGCGGAAGCUGUCCACAAAUCUCAGCCUGUUAAACGGUACAAGUCACUGGAAGUCCUGCCAAGUGAUCGGCCUUUAACAUUUGCAGAGUCACCGAAGUUUGAAACGGACCGCAGACUUCGAAGCAAAGUCAACUGUUUCUAAAUCAGGUUUAAAGGUUAAAAAGGUUUAUAUUUACUAUCUGUAGAAUUUCAAGGGGGAAAAGAGGUUCCUUGUAAAGGUGUUGUAAAACAUUCACUGUUUUAUUACCUGGGUAGAUUUUUACCACACCUGUAUCACAUUUUUAGGCUUUUACUAAUUCUGGAUGAAUGUGUUGAUAAUUUUAUAAUGCCCAGACAUACAUGUACAGUAUAGUAGUAAGCAUUUGGUUGGAGUAUUACGUGAUAUACUGUUCAGUUUUAAGUCUUCUACCCAGUUAGAGAUAGGGGUAGUAUUCUCCCGGUCUGGCGACUUUCUCACUGUCACUUCUUGCAUAGCUUUUCCCCACGUGUAUUUUGUUAUUACGUACAGAUUCAUACACGUACUGAAAGUAUUAUGUUGGCUCAUGGUUUAUCACUGAACUUGUACUCUUUGUAAGUUUUUCAUACUAGAAUUACACAUACAAUCAUCUUUGAUAUAUUUCCUGAGUUUCAUUAGUGGUGUAUAAAUUUAUUUGAAUGCCGUCAUGCUUGUGAUCAGUUUGUCCACUCCUCUAGCACAGGAUGGAGACUUCAUAUUUUGGAAGGUCAAGGUUAAGACAAUAGAUCAAGUAAUUUGUAUUUAGUCAGGUCAAAUUUGCCACAAAGGACUUGGCCAUGGUCACAAGUGCAGAGUGUUUCACAAAUGCAUUUGUUUUCUAUUAGGUUUUCACACAAAUAUCUUUCUUACCUAAGUGAAAAUGAAAUAAUUCAACUCUGAAUUAUUUUCAUUCAUGCAGGUUUGGGAUACUUGGUGACAGUUUUGUUAUUGGGAAUCUGAAAUCUGCUAAAAUCUGUGAUCUGGUAAAAUUGUGUGUAAUUUAGUUUUAAAAGAUGUAAAUGAACAUUUGCUAUACAUGAAAUGUAUUUGUUUUUAUUUGAUUUACAUGCAUAUCCAUUUAUUAAUGACAUCUGUAAACUGUUAAGAAAGGAAAUUUAAUCAAAUCCUCUGAUUGACUUUUCUAACAGUAAAGUGUAAAUGGGGAAAACAUGUUUUGAUAUGCUUUGUUUUUUAAUGUGUACAUAUGUUUGAACAUAAAAUGUAUAUCAAUAGCACAAAUAUAAAUGUAAUUUGACAUUGUUUUUCUAAAUGUAGAUAAUAGUAGGAAUAAAAUAAUGUCUGAAUAAAAAUCAAA